AUAACGCAUACUCCUCACCAAAAAUGCUGGACGCAUAUGUUGGGUAUGAUCUGAGCGGUGCCAUCGAACCGGAUGACAUUCCCAAGACGAAUGAGACCGUGUGGAUACUAGGAAAGCAAUACAAUGCUACCGAUGAUCUCGAAAUCAUACGACAGGAUGUGCAAUCUCGAUUGUGGUGUACCUAUCGGAAAGGAUUCGUUCCAAUCGGCAACACACAACUAACCACGGACAAAGGAUGGGGCUGCAUGUUGCGCUGUGGGCAGAUGGUACUGGCACAGGCACUGGUACACCUUCACCUUGGCCGGGAUUGGGCGUGGGAGCCAGAAACGAGGGAUGAAAUUUAUCUUAACAUUGUGAAUCGAUUCGAGGACUGCAAACAGGCACCGUUUUCGCUGCACCAGAUCGCCCUGAUGGGUGACUCAUCGGAAGAGAAACGGAUCGGCGAGUGGUUCGGUCCGAAUACAGUCGCACAGGUGUUGAAAAAGCUAGUAAAGUUUGACGAUUGGUGUCGGCUAGUCAUUCAUGUAGCCCUGGACAAUACGGUAGUAACGGAUGAAAUAGUGGAAUUAUGUGCAGAUAAAAAAGAUCUCGAUGCAUGGAAACCGCUCCUGCUGAUUGUUCCACUACGGUUGGGCCUUAGCGAAGUGAACCCGAUCUACAUCGAAGGUCUGAAAAAGUGUUUCCAGCUACCGGGUAGCUGCGGCAUGAUCGGUGGCCGUCCCAAUCAAGCCCUUUACUUCAUCGGGUACGUCGGCGAGGAAGCACUCUAUCUCGAUCCGCACACGGUCCAAAGGGUAGGAACGAUCGGUAGCAAGCGAGAACCGGCCGAGCAGGAGCUAGAUGAAACGUUUCACCAACGGUACGCUAAUCGGAUCAGUUUCUCCUCGAUGGAUCCUUCGCUGGCCGUCUGCUUUCUGUGUGCUAGUAGGCAGCAGUUUGAUGUGCUUGUGGCGCGUUUUAACGAUAGUUUGAACGGUGGCACCAGUCAGGCACUGUUUGAGGUGGUAAAAACGCGUCAAGCACCGUGGACACCGACGACGGCAUCGUCUGGCUCGUCGCGUAAGAACAGUGGACCAACCGAGGCCUUCAAUGUGAUAUCAGCGACGGAAAUACCGAACGAAGAAUUUGAAGAGGUUGAACCACGCACGCUGGAUGAUUCGGAUGAAGAGUUCGAGAUUAUAGCCUAGCAGCAGCACCAGCAGUCGGACAGCACACACAGCACGAUAGAGAUUGAGAUAAUCGAACCUUUGAUACACAUUAAUGCAAGCUUUCUCA